GGCUUACUCUCAACCGUACCAGUGGGACUAUCAAACAAGAUUUACCACCCCAUUAGUGGUAAUUUCCUCAUUUUGCGUUUCAUUCUAAAACAUACAAUCUCCCGAUCUUUCCUUCCUUGCCGUUCGACUGCAUACCGGCCUUCUCUCCCUUGCCGCACCUGUUCUCCUCUCCUAAUUUCCCCGGAUCCGCUCGCAUUCAAACGGCCGGCUGGCCUUGCGCUGGAACAGACUCAUCACCACGACAAAACAGAUCAGACCAUUGAGUGCGCAUUGAUUCGGCAGUCUAGCUGGAUGUUACAAGUGUGAUCAACCGAAAAUGGCGCAAUAUUUCUUCGACCUCCUGUAUAACUUUACCGAUUGCAUGUGCUGCUUCCCCAGCACGCCGCAGCUUAAGAUCAACAAUCGUAGCUUUAAAAUGCUCCGUCUCUUGGGCGAGGGUGGUUUCUCCUACGUGUACUUAGUCCAAGACAAAGCAACGUCCGAGCUGUUUGCGCUGAAAAAGAUCCGAUGUCCCUUUGGUCAGGAGUCCGUCUCUCAAGCACUAAAAGAAGUGGAGGCCUACAAUCUGUUUGCAUCACAAUCCAAUAUCAUUCAUUCGAUUGAUCACUCCGUGUCUACCGAGUCAGGCUCGAAGUUCCGCUCCGAUGGCGGAGAAGCCGGGUCUAAGACUGUUUAUAUCCUCCUACCUUACUAUCAACGAGGGAAUUUACAGGACGCCAUCAAUGCCAAUCUAGUCAACCAUACUCGAUUUCCGGAGAAGCGAUUAAUGGUGCUGAUGCUGGGUGUCGCCACUGCGCUCCGGGCCAUGCAUCAAUAUCGUGUCCAGAGCGGUGCCGGGCCUACUCGCAAGGCGAAGGCUGCAAGAAGGGAAGGCGAAGAGGCAGAUACGUCAAUGCGCAUGAGCAAGCCCAAGCGCCGAGCAACCCAGGGUGCAGAUGACGAAGAUUCUGAGAACGAACCAUUGAUGGAUGACGAGGUUACAAGGAGUCAGGAAGGCGUUCAAGAUGGAGGUUUGCGCCCAUACGCACACAGAGAUAUCAAGCCUGGCAACAUCAUGAUUGAUGAUGACGGACAAACACCAGUGCUGAUGGAUCUCGGUUCACUCGCCCCCAGCCCCAUUGCUAUCACCUCGCGUUCACUUGCUUUGGCCGUCCAAGAUACUGCUGCGGAACAUAGUACGAUGCCAUAUCGAGCACCGGAGCUUUUCGACGUGAAGACCGGCUCCAUAAUUGACACCAAAGUCGAUAUCUGGUCUUUGGGAUGUACUCUCUACGCUUGCUUGGUGGGCAAAAGCCCAUUUGAGGCACGUAGCGAGGAGACCGGUGGUAGCCUAAGUAUGUGCGUCCUGGGUGGAGACUGGCGAUUCCCUGAUGAGAAACCGGGUACCAGCAAGGGCAAGGGCAAAGCUGGCGAUGAAUCCCGCAAAGAUGCUACCACAACGAUCAGUGCGCCUGUCAAGGAUGUCGUUCGGAAGUGUUUGCAGGUUGAACCGGCAGAUCGACCGGACAUUGAUGAAUUGAUCCAAAUCUUGAAAGAUGUCAUCAAGGACUUGCCCGACGAUGACGAGCUUGCUGGCAGCUCACGCUGAGGCAGGCUGCUAUUGUCAUUGCACCUACCAUAUCCCCACCACGCAUCACGUCUGAUUCUUAUAAAUUGUCUGUUGCGUUGUCCGGUAGUCAGCGACCGGACUGUACAGUAUGAGCAAAUCUUGCACACAUUGUCCGAUCUCACUCCACGCCAACCUCGGAUCUCCAGCGCGAAAUUUAUGGCUGGCCUUAUGGGGACAUCUUUCCGAAUAGUUUUUGUAUUUCAACGUUUGAUACCAUAAUCGCAUUCGCUGCAGGCUGGCCUUUUGCAGAUAUUCGCGCGAUACGUUUGUGUUCGUUACAUCUCCGCUAGAGUUGAGUUGGGGAUGUAUACUGGACUGGUAGUUUGAAUGUCUACCUACCUAGUAUGGUAGGCUUUAAGUCACCUCGGUCUAAGGUGGACUAGUUAACUAGUUAACUAAAGCUAGUGGCUUAGUAACCUGUUCAGGGGUCGCAACCAGGGGAGGACGGAAAACGUGCUAGAACGCCUCCAGUCUUACUUUAUAUAUACCUUAAAUAGAACUAGGUUAUCUAAGCUUAGUACACGCCAUCUGACAGUUGGUCAAUUCUAAAGAGAUGUUAUGGAUUAGUCGACGAUAGUAAGGUUUUUGUGGCGUUUACGGGGAACGAACGAUCCCGAUUUUUGGGAUGGCAACUACUACCAGUAGUUCCAACACUUGGUGUUCUGAUCCAUUGAUUGAUUGAUAUCAAAGGGGAUUAGCUAACGAGUUCG